GCCCAAUCCAUACAUUUUGAAGAGGGAGGCCCAUCAUUUCUAAACACAGGAUUCAGCCGCAACCUCACUGCCCUUGCUCUGUAUCAGAAACAAGCACUGAUCUCACCUCGCCGGAAAACGCCGCCGGUGUUCGUCGUCGUAGGAAGAAGAAACGGGGGUUGAUCACUACAGUGGUGAUACUACUAGCUUGUUGAAAUAGCAUCUUUUCUACGCCAUUAGUCGCUAUUUUGAUUCGACAAAGACAUGAGGAUUGCCACCCUUUCAAGAUACAUUCGCCGUCUCCCUCGGCCUGGGACAUUUGUGCCUUUGCAAUCUCGAGCUUUCCAGACCGAUAUUUCUAAAGAUUCUAAGGCCAAGCCAAUUAAGUACAAAAUUCCUCAAUCUUAUGACCCUUACGGCCCUAGACCUCCACCGUCAGACAAAAUCGUUCAGCUCGCAGAACGAAUUGCAGCACUAUCAGAAGAGGAACGCGGUCAUAUCAUACCUGCUUUGUCAGAAAGAUUAAAGCUUCCAAAGUUGCAGCCAAUUUCAACAGAAGGCAUGGACUUGGGUUCAGACAGCGGUGCUGCUGGACCAAAGGUUGAGGAGAAAAAGGCAGAGAAAACAGCUUUUGACGUGAAGUUAGAGAAGUUUGAUACUGCUUCAAAGAUCAAGGUGAUUAAGGAGGUAAGAGCAUUUACUAACCUGGGAUUGAAAGAGGCUAAAGAUCUUGUUGAAAAGGUACCAACUGUGCUUAAACAAGGAGUCACAAAAGACGAGGCAAAUAGUAUUAUUGAAAAAAUAAAAGCUGUUGGAGGAGUUGCAGUUAUGGAAUAGAUUUUUCAGUUUUUUGAUUGUUGGCCAAGAUCACAAAUUUUUCAUGAUGGCCAAUGUGUUUUAUGGUGAAUGAAUGGUUAGGAGAAAUUUCUCAGGGCAUGUUUGAAGCAUAUUUAAGGGUUGAGAACUGAUUGUUGGAUAAUCUAUUUGAAUAAAAAAAAAAUCUUUGUCUGAGUUUUCUGGUUAAUUACUCUAUCACAUACAUAUAACUGUUGUGUUAGUUUGACAUUUGUAACACUCACAUCUUUUCUUACAAAUGAAAAUUUUCUGGAAUUACAGGGAAAAUUAUGUAUGGAUUUUUCAUGUAGUUAUUUGAGAUUAUUGUGGUUGAUAUACCAAACUUGUUGGUCUUCUAUGCAGAUUGAUGAACUACUUGUCUAGAA